AUGUUGAGUAAAUUAAAAGGUAAGGAUAAAUCUCUAAAGUCAUCAUCAUCAUCGUCGGUGGCAACGGCCGAAAGUUUGGGAGAAGUAGUUUACUUACCUUUCAAGGAGCCCACUUCUAAGUCCAAGAUACCGGAAGAGCCUGAAUUAACCGAAGAGCAACAUGAUAAGUAUAUAAAAGUUUACAAGCAUUUUGCAACUGAAGGCAUCAAAAUUGCCAUUAGUGAAGAUAAUCAUAAGAAGAAAGACGAGUCGAAAUAUGAAGAAUUGAGCGAAGCCGAAAAGUCAUGGCUAACAAGGGAAUGUUUUUUUAGAUACUUAAGAGCCACUAAAUGGGAUUAUAAGGAAGCAAUAGAUAGGAUUGGGUUAACAUUAGCGUGGAGAAGAGAGUUUGGUAUCGCUGGAAACUUUGAGAAAGAUAACAAGGUAAAUGGCGAGCUUUGCUCCCCUGAAAAUGAAACAGGAAAGGAAGUUAUUCUUGGAUAUGACAAUGAUUCACGGCCAUGUCUUUACUUGAAACCUGGUCGUCAAAAUACAAAGACAUCCUUAAGGCAAGUGCAACAUUUAGUAUAUAUGUUGGAAAGAGUGAUUGAUUAUAUGCCUUCAGGGCAGGAUUCGUUGGCAUUACUUAUCGACUUUAAAGCUUCGCCUGUUGGAACAGAAGGGGGAAAGAUUCCACCCGUCAGUACUGGAAGACAAGUUUUACAUAUCUUACAAACACAUUAUCCAGAAAGGUUAGGAAAAGCUUUGCUUACCAAUAUUCCGUGGCUAGGCUGGACAUUUUUAAAAAUUAUUCACCCCUUUAUUGACCCCUUAACAAGGGAAAAGCUUGUAUUUGAUGAGCCAUUUUCAAAUUAUGUCCCUAUUGAACAAUUAGAUAAAGACUUUGAAGGGAAUGUCAACUUUGAAUAUGAUCAUUCUAAAUACUGGAAUGUAAUGAUUAAGAUUGCAGAAGAAAAGAAGACGAAUUACGUCAAUAGAUUUGAAAAGUUGGGUUCUAAAAUAGGAUUGAGUGAGUACGAUUUGAGGGGCCACCAUGAAAAGUUGAAAUAUCCUACUCCCGAAGUCUAA